AUGUCCAAAAUGUUUCUGAUCUCGUUGCCAAAGUGCUUUUCGCUCUUGAUUAUAACACUCAGCUUAUAUUGGCAAGUUGUCUGUGGACUCUAUGAAGACCAAGCCGGAAUAAACGAUUGGCAUCAUCAAUACAUAGGAACGCCCAAAUUCUCUUUUUUUCAUAAAGUUCCCUCUCGGGGCUCAGUGAUCCUAGUCGCUUCCGAACGAAAUGUAAUUGCAUCAAUAAGCCCUCGCAACGGAAAUAUAGCUGAUUCCGUUCGCGUAACAGAAUGGCGUCAGGUUCUCGAAGAUGAUGAAGUUAUAUUGGCUUAUAAGAGUCACCAGAGCUCCAUUGUUUCUGUGAGCCAUCGUGACGGAUAUAAUGUUCGUUUAUUGGAAGCUCAUACGGGGUUCAUGAUAUGGGAGCAAAAAAUUAAACCAAUUGGACACGAUGACGUAGUUACUAGCCGUAAUUUUGAAGAUGAUGCACCAAAGGCUGAUGUUGUUUUUACAGCUGAUUCUGGAAUUGUGAUUUUGGUCGAAGGGUCCACGAUUGUAAAUCUAAAUAGCACCACUGGUCGACAAAUUUGGAGUUCAAGUAUAACCGACAGUUCAUCGCUUUUUUAUAAACUUGUCGAGCGUGAACAAAAUGUGUUUGCUAUCGGUCUUAAGAAGUCUUUUAGGUCUUAUACUAUUGAAGUUGUUACAUGCGAUAUUCGAAGCGGGGCUUUAAAAUCAACCUCUCUCUCUUCGAAAAUUGAUCAUAUUAAAAAUAUGUUAGUUCUAGGUGGCGGACCUAAUAGUGGUUUUGUCGUCUGGGUUGAGGGAAAGCAUAUGCGUGUUAAUCGUUUGGGUAGUAGUAACAUUGAACAAGCUCCUUUGGAGACACUCUAUGGAAACGUCAUACCUUCUUUUGCACAUUCUACUGGGAAACUUGAACUCAUUGAUCUUAACCUGGGAUCCAGAACGGAAUUUCUUGCCCAAAUUCAAACGAAAGAUGGGAACUAUUCCGCAGCCGUUCUCAAGGUUGAUCCUGUAGGUGGGCGUUUGCUGGUACUCCACGACAUGGAAGAUAGAGAGGGUAUAUCCGCAUAUUCUGGUACAUUUGACAAAAAUGAACGUCUCAUAAUGUCUAGAGUCAGAACGGUGCAAGAGGGUCAGGCCGUGAUCGAGAUUGUCGCUCCUGCUUCUCACGAAGUUAUUAGCGUUCACAAAAUUCCAUACUCGAUUUCCACAUCUGGAGUGAUAAAGAAGGCAACGGUACUUGAUGUACUUGCCAAGACAAGUAAUGAAAAAGUAAAUGUGGCUUAUCGCAUGUAUGCAAUUUCGGACGACGGUUCUACACACUUCUUGAAGAAAGAUGAAAUAGUUUGGCAAAAAGAAGAAUCCCUUGCACAUGCGACUGAAGUCGAAUUUCUUGACCUGCCUGAAAGGAAAUUGUGGACGCAAGAGGUUGACGAACUAGCUGAACAACCCGAAGAAGCUGAAACCAUUUCCCCAUUCGCCCGUUAUGUCCGACGAUUGAAAACGCAUUUCGAGCAACUUCAUGAUUUACCAAACUAUUUGAUCACAUACGUUCAAAGAUUCGUGACUGGCGAUUACUCUCAGGGCCCAACAUCUGCAAAAUUGAGUAUAUAUAGAGAUACAUUUGGCUUCCGCAAGUUAUUGAUUUUCAUUACACGCAAAAAAGUUAUUGCUUUGGACACCAGUAAUAAAGGUCAGAUAGUAUGGUCUCGAUACUUUGGGAACGAGGUUUUCGAAUUUCAAAGAAUAUUCACAGUUCGAUCGUCGACCGUCAAAUUUCCACCGAUUGUCGUCACAACUGGGAUAAUAAAACACACUGAUGGAAGCAUCUUUACUCGCCUCUUUCGACUUAACGCUCUCACUGGUGAAGAUUUUAUUCCUACAGAGAAUGCAUUACUUUUUCCCUCAACUUUUGAUGUGCAAGGAAGUACACAAAAAAUCUUUAAAUUACCAUUAGAAGAACCUGAAGAAAGAACUCAUAUCCUCGCGUUAAUUGUCAAAGAAUUCUUGAAAUUUGCUCCAUCAUUUUACUUUGCCUUGUCCGGGAGUAACAACCUGAAAGGAUAUGGAUUUGUGCUUGACAAAAAUAAUAGUUUAUUUGAAAUCGAUGAACUCUGGAAUAUUGAGUUUCCAGAAGGUGAUAAAAUUGCGGCGAUUGGGCAUAGGCCUCAACACGAAAAAGUUGCCUCUCUGGGUCGCGUUCUUGGUGACCGCUCAGUUUUCUACAAAUACCUUAAUCCACAUCUCGUUGCUGUCGCCACCAUUUCGUCUUCGGUACCGGCAAACCUGAAUAUUCAUUUGAUCGACAUAGUUAAGGGAACAAUUUUGUACCAAGCCACCCACGACAAUGUUGGAUCUUCACAUCCUGUUCUGAUAACCCAAGUUGAAAACACUAUUUUAUACCAUUAUUGGAAGGAUUGCCAGUCGGAAAAAGGAUACGAAGUUGUAGUGUACGAUUUGUACGAGAGCGAAAAUAAGGAUGAGCGAUUCAAUAA